AUGGCAAAGACACGCUGUGGACAUGCUCUACUGCGCUGCACUGUUGCCUUCCUCUUCCUUCAGCUCCCACCUCCUGGAAAUGGAAGAGCUGAUUUCCAAGUCAAAGGGCCUCAUGCCCCCGUGCUGGCCCUGGUGGGGGAAGAUGCAGAGUUGUCAUGUCAACUGGUCCCCAACAUCAGCACUGAAGGCAUGGAGCUGAGGUGGUACAGGAACCAGUCCAGCCCAGCUGUACUCGUGCACAGGAAUGGGGAGGACGUGCAUCAAGAGCAGAUGGUGGAGUAUCAGGGAAGGACGAGCUUUGUGAGUGACCAUGUAGCCAGGGGUGAGGCCACACUGAGGAUACAUAACGUCACUCUGUUUGACAACGGCACCUAUCACUGCCUCUUCAAGGAGGGCACUUCCUCCAACCAGGCCACACUCUGGCUGACAGUGGCAGGGCUGGGCUCAAAGCCCAGAGUGCAAGUGGUGGAUGACCAGGGCACAGGUAUCCAAGUGAAAUGUACCUCGGCAGGCUGGUACCCAGAGCCCUUGGUGGAGUGGAGAGACCUCAGAGGACAGCCAGUGCCUGCUGUGACCAACUUCUCACUGUCGGCCACCACGGGCCUCAUGGCUGUGGUGUCCAGGGUGACUGUCCAGAAUGGGGCUGUGCAGGGUCUGUCCUGCUCCAUUUCCAACCCCCUCCUCCCGGAGAGGAAGGGGGCUGAGAGCUGGCUGCCUGUGAGCCCCUCACUGGAUCCUGACACAGCAAGUCCCAAACUCAUGGUAUCAGAGGAUCAGAAAAGUGUGAAGAGGCUGCUCUUCGACCAGUACCUGCUCCCCAACUCCAAGAGAUUUGACCAGGACCCCUGUGUCCUGGCCCAAGAGCGGUUCUUGGCUGGGAGAUACUACUGGGAAGUUGAGGUGGGAGACAGACAGGCCUGGAUUCUGGGGGUUUGCCUGGAGAACAUAGAUCGAGAAGGCUGGAUCCCCAAAUCCCCCCAGCAUGGCCUCUGGGCAGUGGAGUUGUAUAAGAAGAGAUUCUGGGCUCUCUCCUAUCCAAGAACUCACCUCUCUCCUUCCCAGCCCCUCCGACAGCUGGGCAUCCUCCUAGACUGGGACGCAGGGGAGAUUUCCUUCUACAAUGCCACCAAGGGGUCCCUGGUCUACAGGUUCUCUGAACUGUCUUUUUCUGGCCCCCUGCAGCCAUUCUUCUGCCUCUGGACCCAUGAUCCUAGACCCCUGACCAUCUGCUCAGUGGCCAGAGAGACCCAGGAAGACACAAGCCCUCCCUGGAAGCCUGUCCUUUCCCCCAGAGGUCCCGAAGACUUCUGCUGA